GUGAACAAUGCGGGAAAAAUCAUAACAAAACCAACCCUAGGCUAUACAGCAGAGGACUUCUCAUUCAUAAUCAGUACCAAUUUGGAAUCGGCAUAUCAUAUACGCCAACUUGCACACCCUCUUCUAAAAGCUUCAAACGCUGCAAGCAUUGUUUUCAUAUCCUCCGUUGCUGGGGUGACAGCUGUAAAUGGAAUAUCAAUAUAUAGUGCAACGAAAGGAGCAAUGAACCGGCUAACCAAGCACCUGGCAUGCGAGUGGGCAAAAGACAAUAUAAGGACCAAUUGCGUUCCACCAGGCCCCAUUAAGACUCGCCUCGCUGACGAAUUUUUCAAAGAUGAAAAGGGACAUGAGAAUUUCAUCAGAAGAAUUCCUUUGCAACGAAUAGGGGAGCCAAACGAGGUGUCUUCCAUGGUGGCAUUCCUCUGCUUACCCGCCUCAUACAUAACGGGACAGGCCAUUUGCAUCGACGGAGGAUUAUUUACAGUGUUUGGUUUGUGAGCUUUGGGCAGUCUUGGAAACAAAUAAAUAAAAAUUAGUUCCUUCUUAUGUUACAUAUCCUAGUGAUCACUCAAUAAUUCUUGUUUUAAUUUAUACAGAAACUAUUGUUUGAAUGGCGGUUGUACAAUUGAGUUCUCAUAAAUUUCACGACAGAG